AUGAUCCACGCCUUUAGUGCAAAAUUCUUGGAUCGAGCGGCUCAAGUACGACAGCUAUUAUGUCAGGACUUGUAUGACGACACGGCCGACCGGUUGAGUGCCAAGUUGUUUUAUCCUUCCAGUUUUGCGCUGGACGGCGGACAACAACGUCGUGGUUAUUGCAAUUGGGUGAUUCCCGGUCGUCUCAUGAUUGGUCAGUAUCCCGCACAAACCCCAGCCGAAGGAGGUCCCACAUAUGAGGAAGUCCGACAACAUGUACAGCUGCUUGUGGAGGAUGCCAAGAUUGGGCUCUUUUGCUCCUUGCAGUCUGAAUUGCCGCCCCAGGAUGAUUACGACACGUGGGCCCAAAGGGGAGGCCUGGUAUUUCUAGAACCACAAAGCCUCCGACAAAGAUUUCCGCAUCCAUUUACCCACUACGCUCCCAUGGUAAAAGAGUUCUGGAGAGAUGACGACAAAGAUACUCUCCAAUUUCUGCAUUGUCCCAUUGAAGAUCUCAAUGUUCCGGAAUCCCAAGAACCACUCCAACAGUUGCUACUCGACUUGCUCAACUUUCUUCUCACCCCACACAAUAAAAAGGCAAUCUAUUUGCACUGUUGGGGUGGACGAGGCCGUGCCGGAUUGGUGGGAAGCUGUCUCCUGAGUCUACUCUAUCCCUCAUUGUCGCCUACGGAUAUUCUGCGGAUCAUGCAAACGGCAUAUGCCAGUCGCUUGGGACACGAUACCAUGCCCUCUGUAUUGUCACGAUCGCCGCAAACCGAUGUGCAACGAGCCUUUGUCACACAGUUUGUCCACGAGUAUCAACGGUUGUUGCAACAGGCGAAUAAUUAG